ACCCACACGCCCGCGCGUCGCGUCCGACUCGCCGCAACUCGGCGAGGUAUUGAAGCUCGACACUCGUCUCUUGACGAAACACACCAGGCUAGUAUGGAUGCCACGGCUAGUGAGCUCAAUGAGCUCUUCAGCGCUUCUUUUCCCGAGGGUCUGCCUCAAGAUAUCCUCGGCGAACUCCAGUCAAUUCUACGGAUACACUCGAUCAGCGCGGAGGAACUAUUCUACAAAUGGGAGUCCUACAGCAUGAAGAUGGGAGACGAGGUGAAGUUGAGUAUGGACACCGUGCGGUCAUUUAAGCAGGAUGUCCAGGAGGCAUUGGAACGAGAGACCCGCGGAAAAGCUGGUCGUCAGAAUGAGAAACGCAAUACUGUGAUGGCAACCCCGCGCGCCGCCACUGGCGCUGAUGUGUUCGGGAUGCUGGAUGGACUCACUCCGAACUCCUCAAAUGCGCGACCCCAAAACGGAGCCAACGGCUCUGUGAAGCGGAAGGCUGAUUUCACAUCGCCCGCAACACCAAAGGUUGGGCGAGUCGCAGAUAUUGGAACACCGGGUGCGAAGACACCCACGUCUUCCGCAAAUGGUUUCUCCUCUCAGUAUGUCUCGAUUCCCCGUCUUGAACUUGGUCCCCACGUCGCUCACAACCCCCACAGAAGCGUUCCUUUCGCAGAACGCCCUAACCCCGGACAGACGGUGGAAAGUCUGAACUCCCACCUGCCUCUACCAGAUCCUCCCAUGGCUCCCUUUUCCGAAGCGCGCAUUCGACCUACCGCGAACACUGAUCUCAAGAAGUUUGGGUACAAGCCGAUGGGCAUGAAGCUGUCAGAAGCAUCCGAGAUUCUCGAUGAUCGCAUUGACGAAUUUACGACCAUCUUCCAAGAGCGAUACAGCUCCGACGAAUUGACUUUCGGCAGCGCCGCUGUGCAAAGUACAAGUGAAAUUAUUGCGGUUGGGCGGAUCGCCUCAGACUCGUUAGAGGGGAAACUGAAUCCUGCCUCGCUAGUCCUUGAGACUUCACGCCGAACAGGAGCAGGACGAAGGGUUCCUUUGAAGGUAGAUGCAGUGCCCGGGUUGAACUUCUUUCCUGGUCAGAUUGUAGCUCUGCGAGGAAUCAACCCCUCGGGCGAAUACUUUACAGUCAAAGAGAUCCUUCCCCUCCCUCUCCUGCCCCCGGCAGCAUCGUCGGCAGUUGCCCUAGAAAACAUUAAUGAGCGCCUUGAAAGUGGGGAUGCGAACCCACCCCUCAAUAUCAUGGUAGCAGCUGGGCCUUACACAGCGGAUGACAAUCUGGAUUUUGAACCUCUCCAGGAACUGUGCCAGAAGGCUGCAGACAAUUACGCUGAUGGAGUCGUUCUUCUCGGGCCAUUCCUCGAUAUCGAGCAUCCACUGCUUGCUUCCGGAGACUUUGAUCUACCGGAGAUCAAGGGCCUCGAUCCCGAUACUGCAACCAUGACGACCAUCUUCCGACACUGUAUUUCAACGCCAUUGGCCCGGUUGGCUAGUGCCGUGCCUAGCAUCACCAUUUUCUGCGUGCCUUCAGUACGUGACAUAUUGAAUCGCCAUGUGUCAUGGCCACAGGAGCAGAUCAUUAAGAAAGACCUGGGCCUGCCUAAGCAAGUGCGCAUGGUUUCCAACCCAGUGACUCUAUCCUUCAACGAGACCGUUAUCGGCAUGUGUUCUCACGAUGUGUUAUCAGAGCUGCGCCGGGAAGAAGUGCUCCAUGGCAGGCCCACCGAGGGCAACUUACUGACCCGCCUACCCAAGUAUUUGAUCGAACAACGCCAUUUUUUCCCCUUAUUCCCUCCAACUGCCCGCUCGAACCUUCCCAAGCCCGGGGCGGAGAACGGUGUAGCUACAGGUGCUAUGUUAGAUGUGCCUUACAUGAAGUUGGGCGAGUGGUGGAACGUUCGACCCGAUGUACUCAUUAUCCCCAGUAUGCUUCCUCCUUUCGUCAAGGUUGUCGACAGUGUCCUCGUCAUCAACCCCGGCACUCUGUCAAAACGCCGUGGAGCAGGGUUCUACGCACAAAUGUCAGUGCACCAGCGAUCCAUUGCCGAGGAAGAUCGGGAGCAAAAGCAGUCUCUCGACCACAAGCUAUACGAGCGAGCCAGGGUAGAUAUCAACCGGAUCUGA